CUUCCUGGUUUCCUGGAGCUCAUUGUGGAGUUUUACCGCCGCUGCCUCAUCCAGAUCUUUGGUAUCCUGGAGAACUACGAGGUGGGAGCUGAAGGCCAGAGGACCCUGCUGGGGCCCCUGCCCAACCCACUUACAGAGGAGGAGGUGCUAAAGGAGCCUCCAGCUGCCGCAUCCCAAUGCAACAGCCAAUCAGGAGAGGAGCAGGAGAUACAGAGGAGGUCAACGGAGGAGAUGUCACCACUACUCACUACUACUCCCACCAUCAUCGAUGAGGACACUGAACCGGCCGUCAAGCAGGUGAAGGUGAAGGAGGAGCAAGCAGAGCCCCGCCCCCAACAGGCCAGCAAGUAUGACAAGCUGCCAAUUAGAGUGGAGGAGAGUGGGGAGGAGUGGGAGGAGAUGGAGCGGCGCUGGGCUGAGCUCAGCCGACCCGCUGGCUUCAUCAGCGGCCUCCUGCACUGGAAGGCUGGGGGAGGAGACUCCACCGCUCACAUCCAGACGCACUUUGAACCCUGCACAUUUAACUCCACCCCCCCAAACCCAGUUCAGAGGAGGGGAGGGGCGGACGUGAGGGAGGAGGAGGCAGAGGAGGAGCUUGAGGAGGAAACAUCAUCUGAAACACAACAAGAGGUCAUAGGUCAGAGGUCGCCAGCUCAGAGUCCCAUCAGCCACCUGGAGGAUGAGCCUCGUUGCUGGGACAAGGUGCCGCUGUCCACUGCUGAGUCCUGGCAGGACUCUUUGGCCAAACGCUGCAUCUGCAUCUCUAACAUUUUGCGCGGCCUCUCCUUCGUCCCUGGCAAUGACGCCGACAUGUCGCAGCACCCCGGCCUGGUGCUGAUCCUGGGCAGACUGGUGCUGCUGUACCACCACCACCCCCACAGGAAACCGACGCCGCCCACCUACCAGCGGGAGGACAAGCAGGGUCUGGCGUGCAGCUGUGACGAGUGGAGGUGGGACUGUCUGGCUACGCUCAGGGAGAAUACGCUGGUGACGCUGGCAAACAUCUCGGGCCAGCUGGACCUGUCGCUGUACCCCGAGAGCAUCUGUCUGCCCAUCCUGGACGGGCUGCUUCACUGGAUGGUUUGUCCGUCCGCCGAAGCCCAGGACCCGUUCAGCUCGGCGGGCGGCUUCUCCUCGCUCACCCCUCAGAGACUGGUGCUGGAGUGUCUGUGCAAGCUGAGCAUCCAGGACUCCAAUGUGGACCUGCUGCUCGCCACGCCGCCUUUCAGCCGCCAGCAGAAGCUCUUUGCCACGCUGGUGCGCCUUGUAGGUGAGAGGAAGAGUCAGGUGUGUCGAGAGAUGGCGGUGGCCGUCCUGUCUCACCUGGUGCAGGGCGACUCGACAGCGGCGAUGGCCGUCACCCGGCAGAAGGGCAGUGUGGGAACUCUCAUCGGCUUCCUAGAGGACAGUUUGGCCGUGGCUCAGUACCAGCAGAGUCCACACAGCCUGCUGCACGCCGCCACGCCGCCGGAGCCGCCCAGCAUCAACAUGAUGUGUCGCGCCGCCAAGGCGCUGCUGGCCAUGGCGAAGGUGGAGGAGAACCGGACGGAGUUUGUUCUGUACGAGAGCCGGCUGCUGGACAUCUCCCUGUCAGCCGCCCUCAACUCCUCGGUGGCGGCCAUCAUGUGUGAAGUAAUGUUUAAAAUCGGCCACUCGUGACACAGCACCGCCAAGGAUCAAGCUCCGCCCACGUGACGAACUGGCUCCGACUAUAUUUUUAUUUAAAGAACAGAAACAUUUACGUACAAAUGAAUAGAAUCUAUAAAGUUCCUCUGCUCCAUCCACAAAUGUUUUUAAGUCAUUUUAAUACAAAAAUAUUUAAUACGUGUUUUUUAUUUUUUAUUCUUUUGUCAGUUUGUUGUGUUUUUGGUUUUAACCAAAGUUUCACGGUGGAGAAAUCUCGGGUUCCGGCUCCUGGUGAACGGAAGUGGUUGUUUCUUUCUUUUUGUGGGGCUGUUUUGUGGGCGGGGUUUGUUAGAUAUGGGGGCGGGUUCGGAUUAUUUAAGUUGUGACACGUGUUGUAGAUAACACGUCUUUUCUCACGUGUGACGCAGGAAACGCUGACGUUCACUCUUGUACUUUGUUCUGCUGCAACAGGUUUGUGUUAAUGUGAAAAUUGGAGCGUCAGUAUUUUACAAACCACAGCAGUAUGGGGGGGGGGGGUCACUUCCUGUUUUUUAAGAACUUUUUCCGUCUCCACCGUCGUCAUCCUGUAAAUAGAAAAUGCACAUCGGAGCUCCAGCAGGGGGCGACACCUGGUGAUGUCAUUUCUAAUCACGGCUCUGCUCACGUGAACGUUUGGUUUCUCUUCAGCUGGAGAAGAUUUUCAGAAGGUUUGAUGGAGUCUGGUGUGGAAGGGUGCGUUAGAAUAGAGAGACUGUGUACAGGAGGUGGGGCGGGUGGGGACUCUGCUCAUCAUGUUGCUAACUGACAACUUCAGAAACAUUAUUACAAAUAUAAAGAGAGAAAAAGAAAAUGUCUGAAUGUCUCGUUUGAUUUGACCGAGAUCUUUACAUGUUGAAUAAACGCACGUGAACGUAUCGUGAGC